ACACUCUCACUGCAACUGAGCCGGGGAAAUCAGUUUGAGGCCUAGCAUCAUUUAAACUUCCUUCCAAGGCACGAAAGCCAGAGGAGAAAAAUGAAGAUGUGCCGUUUUGAAAUGGUCACCAAGCUGCUGGCAGCCUUGAUUCUAAUGGACAUCUUCCAGGUGAAGGUUGAGAUGUUAGACAUGGCUGACAAUGCAUUUGAUGAUGAAUACCUGAAAUGUUCUAACAGGAUGGAAAUGAAAUAUGUCCCCCAACUGCUGGAGGAGGAGAAAGCAAACCAUCAACUCUUCCAGGCUGCAUGGGAAAAUGGCAAAACCAAAUGGGAAACCCUGAAGACUCAGGUCUCUGUCCCUAGGAGUUUUAAGGAUAACCAUGGGAUAGCCUUAGUGGCAUACAUUUCUGCGGCUCAAGAACAAACUCCCUUUUAUCAUCUGUUCAACAAAGCUGUGGAGAUAGCUGGGAAAUCUCGGAAAGAGUAUAUCUAUGACUUCCAGUUCAAAGCUUUUCAUUUCUACCUGACCAGAGCGCUGCAGUUGCUGCGAAGGCGCUGUGAAGAGAGUUACAAAGCCGUGGUGUACGCAUCAAGUCCGGACGCCACCUUUACCUCUGCUGCUCUACACCAAGCCAGGCUGGGCAACUUCACGCUGGCAUAUUCAGCCAAACCUCAGGCAGCUAAUGACCAGUACGUUGUGCUAACCAUCCAUACAUGCUUUGGAGUUGCCGUGGAGAAAUUUGUGGAUAAAAAAAGUGAAAGAAUUGUUUUAAUACCGUUGAAUGAGGUUUUUCAAGUGUCACAAGAAGGGACUGGAAAGAAUCUUAUCCUUCAAAGCACAAACAAGACCUGCAGCCAUUAUGAGUGCUCAUUUCUAGGUGGACUAAAAAGUGAAAGUUGUCUCAAGAAUCCAGAUAAGAAAAGUCUAGAAUCUACCGAAGCACCUGGAAUGACAGUUGCAGAACCUUUUCCACUACCUGGAAUAAAAGUGGUCCAUCCAGAUGAAAAACCUGGAGAAAGAAGUCAAAUAAACAUCGACAAUCCUACAGCUGCAGGUCCAGUUCCUGUUCCAAGUCCCAAAAGCCAUCCCUCUGCAUCCUCCGGCAAAAUGCUCCUUCCGUUUGGGACAGUCGUCAUUUUACUCAGCGCUUCUGCUGUCAAUGAGCUCAUUUCCCCAUAGUUCGAUGGUUUUUUUUUUUGUUUUUGUUUUUUGUGGGGUUGUUUUUUGUUUUGUUUUUGGUCUUACUCUUUCUUUGAAAUACACUACAUAGAUCCCAGUGGAGGCCAAUAGGAACCAUGUGUUUCUCACUUGUUGGCCAAAGUCACUUCAUAAAAUGAGAACUGUACGAUUUAUUUUGUCAUUCUGUAAGUUAGUCUGGCAUCACAAAAUUAAUUUUUCAUUUAUUUCUAUAUUAAUCUUAAGAUU